GGAUCAUGAAGCCCGGAGUCGCGACCGCGCCGGACGGUGGGCAGCAGCCAGAGGACGAACCCGAGCAGCCCCCGCCCCGGAGACACCCGGACGCCGACCAGCAGUCGCCUCUGCCGCCACAGCAGCAGCGGCGGGCGCGGGCAGCCCAAGAGCCAGAGGAGGGUGACAACGACCCAGAGGAGGAAGAGGAGAAGAAGGCGAGGCCACUCGCCCGCCGGGAUCUGCCCUUCUCCCACCUCGCCCGAAGGGACCUUUGAUGGAACCAAGGGGAGGGGGCCACGGAUUUGCAGCCUGCAGUAGGAGUGGGUUAGGGGCUGAGAUAAUGUAACUAUUUCUUUCUUCCGUCCCCUCCCACACGCCCCUCUUCUACCCCCCUCUACACCCACCCCCAUACACACCCUUCCUCUAGCCAGGAUCUUCACUCUCAGGAAGGACGUGGCUCUGCGAGGGUUAAAAGAUCUUUUCUUGUCUGCCUUCCUUUCCUCUCCCUCGACCCCCUGUUUUCCCACCUCUGUUCACCACAUUGGCUCUCCCUUCUUCCGUGUAGCCCUUUGGCUGCAUAGGCAAAGCACAACCCCCUUGCCCAAUAUAGCCUGCAACCUUCUCUCCUCCACCCAACUGUUCUUAAAGCAACUCUGGUGCUUCCGGGGGUUAAUUGCCCCAGUUUUCUGCCCAGGAGAAUUAAAACUUCUUCCAGCCUCCUUUCCGCCUCCACCUUUCCCCUUCAACCGGUUCCCUCCUACUACCUGAGGAAAACUACCUUUUCUCUCUCAUAUAUGCAGUCCUCAAUUCUUCAUUGAGCUAGAUUUCCCUAAACCCAGCUCAGUCCACUUCAAAUUUGAUUUAUAACCUUCCUCACCCUUUUAUAUAAAAGAAAGAGAUUUACCACUGCCAAGAACCCAGUAAUCUUUUCCUGGGGAACUUUUAACAAUUAGACAUUGAUCUUAAGGUUCUAACAGCCCAGCGUCAACACUUCUUCCGUCACCCUGCUCCUUCCAGAGUCUUGGGGUCAAAGGCAGAAAAGGAGACACUUUGAGCAAAGUCUGAGAAGGGGUUGGGCUGCAAAGGCAAGAAAAACUUUUUUGUUUUGCAUUUUCCAGGUAGAGUUCAGAAUCAGUGACUCACAGUUCUCAGUUCUGGGAGCAAUUUAUUUGCUGCUUGGAGGGGUUGUAAGAAGAACCAGUAAGAAAGGAGAUUCCUCCAGUAACAGCAACACUGUGGACCCCAAGCCCCAUCCUAUUCACCUCUUCAAAGACUCCAGCUGCCCUCUUGGUCCUCUGCUUUCUGUGGGCACAUGCUGAUGCCCCUGGGUGGGCUGUUCUGGUGGUGGUGGUGCUGCUACUGCUUCUGUGGCUGGUACUGCUGUGGAUUGUGCACCCCAGCUCCCCAGAUGUUGCGCCACCAGGGUCUCCUCAAGUGCCGCUGCCGCAUGCUCUUCAAUGACCUGAAGGUUUUCCUACUGAGGCGCCCCCCUCCAGCGCCCCUGCCCAUGCACGGCGACCCCCAGCCCCCGGGUGUGGCGCCCAACAACAACACCCUUCCGGCUCUGGGCGCCGGAGGGUGGGCAGGCUGGAGGGGCCCUCGAGAAGUGGUGGGCAGGGAGACCCCUCCUCUGCCACCUCCACCACCUUUGCCACCUUCUUCUGUGGAAGAUGACUGGGGUGGCCAAGCAGAGCCACCUGCCUCACUGCUCAGCAGUGCCUCCUCAGAUGAUUUCUGUAAGAAGGCUGAGGAUCGCUACUCACUGGGCAGUAGCUUGGACAGUGGUAUGAGGACUCCGCUCUGCCGCAUCUGCUUCCAGGGGCCAGAACAGGGGGAGCUGUUGAGCCCGUGCCGCUGCGAUGGCUCAGUCAAGUGCACGCACCAGCCGUGCCUCAUCAAAUGGAUCAGCGAGCGGGGUUGCUGGAGUUGUGAGCUGUGCUACUACAAGUACCACGUCAUUGCCAUAAGCACAAAGAACCCUCUACAGUGGCAGGCUAUCUCUCUGACAGUCAUCGAGAAGGUUCAGAUUGCGGCCGCCAUCUUGGGUUCCCUCUUCCUCAUCGCCAGUAUCUCUUGGCUCAUCUGGUCGACCUUCAGUCCCUCAGCAAAAUGGCAGCGCCAAGACCUCCUCUUCCAGAUCUGCUACGGGAUGUAUGGCUUCAUGGACGUGGUGUGCAUAGGUCUCAUCAUCCACGAGGGACCCUCUGUGUAUCGCAUCUUUAAAAGGUGGCAGGCUGUCAAUCAACAGUGGAAAGUGCUGAACUAUGACAAGGCAAAAGACCUAGAGGAUCAAAAAUCAGGAGGCAGGACAAACCUCCGGACCUCCUCAUCUGUCCAGGCCAAUGUCCCCUCCUCGGAAGAGGAGGCAGCCAGCAGCCCUGCCCCUGAAGAAGGCCCUGCUCGGGUUACCAGCCACCCCUCAGGCCCUCUGUCCAAUCACCACUGUGCUUACACCAUCCUGCACAUCCUGAGUCACUUGAGACCUCAUGAACAGCGGAGUCCCCAGGGCAGCCGAGAGCUAGUCAUGAGAGUCACGACAGUGUGACUGGAGAGCCCUGGGAGGAAGGGAGAGAAUGCAGGAGACAGGUUGGGUGGGAGGGGCCAGGGAGCAGGUGUGGGGAGGCCAGAGCAGAAGGUGGUGGGCCUUGAGGAGCCCUGGAAAAGGAGGAGCUGGAGGGAGGCUGGCACCAGGAGCAGUUUUGUGAUUUCCAGUCACUAGCAUUUGCUAACAGCAAUGGAAACCAGUACAAGCUCAGCAACCAUGGGCAAUACAGACAGACAGAGCCUAACACAACGACCUCCCAGAUGUAUCCAGAGGUGCAGGAGGAGAGGCUGAGGGAGGGCAACACUGUCUGACUGGUGAUGGUGCCUGCAGUACACAGGCCACAGAGAGAAAAGGCAAAGGUGACCAAGAGGAAGAGCAUUUGAAGCCUGCUCCGUUUCAUCCUUGACCUUGUUUCUGUUUCUUCCUGGUCUAUGCUCCUAGGCAGUCGGGGGAGGGGGAGGGAUAUGUGGGCUGGUAGGGAGGACACACCGGCUUUGGGGUCUCUGGGCUCAUCUUGUGGCAGAAUUUUUUUGAUGAUUCAAAUGGCUUUAGGGACCCUGGGAUGGAGGGCGCAGGGAGGGAUAUGUUGGUGUGAGUCACCAAGGGUAUGUCUCCUCCCAUGUGAACUUUCCCAGCUGGAACUUCCAAUUUCAGGUGGGGUCAAAGAGGGCUUAGGUUUAAAGAUGGGUGUCUGUCUGUGCCCUUGUUACUCUGUUUCAUGGUGAUUUGAUUCAAAGAUGUUUACAGGACACACACACACACACAUGCACACACAUCACGAGGAAAGUUUGAUUACUGGUGGGUAACACAAGCACAGUCCUGCUGCUGUGGUUCAGCCUUCAAUGCUAUCAAUCCAGGAGAAACUUUCUCAACUACCCAGCCCACCCAUGACCACGUCAGGCUCAAUGCCAUGCCUCUAUAACCUGAGCACAGGCACAGAAGGCCUUCCUAUAUGUCCCCUCCCACCUGGGUCUCCCAGCACAGCUGCUGUGGUACAGGCAGAAGAUGGCUGAUGUACCCCAAGGUGAGAAAUGGAAACCUGAUUAAGUAUUCCCUACUGCUUGGGGACCCUCUCCAAAGAGGUGGUUUGGUUAGUACUCAGUGCUGUGUGCUCCCAGGUCCUUCCUGUACAGCCAGGCAGGCCAAGGGUCCUGACAGGGAACACCAUCUUUGGAGCCCACCUGCUGGUUCCUGGGACCCUGCCAGGGAAGGCCACUGGGUAGUCACUUGCAGAGUUUCUUGUUGUCGUUGCACAAUGGCCACAUCAUCCUUGGGUAUUAAAAGGACACUGUCAAGUACUUUUUUAAACUAGUUUUUAGGGUUUUUUAAAACUCUCUGUUGUUUGUAAUAUUCUCUUAAAGCUUGAAAAUAAAAUUUCUUUCCCUACCA